AUGAAGAUCUAUCCUGGCAACUACAACACGGUUACAACCAUUGGGGGGAGAGGCAAAAAAGGCGUCUUAAACCUCGGCGUACUUUCAGCACCUGCCUUGUCAACAUACAUUUCACUUGGAACCAACACCAGCUCCGAAACACACACAGACUGCACUGACAGGCAAAGCGACAAGGUGGUGGAAAUGAACUAUGAAUGUGUAAGCAGCCUUCCAGGUGACGAUGCGAUUCUCGUGGUAGGGAGACAAAAUUCAGCAAUACCGACUGUACACAUAAGCCAUGGCGAUGGGACACCUGCACAAACUUGUGAGUUUCAAACAAAACGAGAUGCCCAAGCUGCGGGGAGGCAUUGGGAAUGUCGUCCUAACGCGAUUUCAACACCCUUUUUAUCAUAG